GCGGAGCAGCCCGCAGCCCUCCAACAGCCCAACAUGGCCAAGGCAGCUGGGGCCUUCUGCAUCCUCCUCCUCCUCACUGCGCUGUGCUGCCAGAGCCUGGCCCAGAGAGCCCCAGCUGUGCCUGACAAGUGCUGCUUCAACUUCCAUACCAGAAGAAUCAAAAUGGACAACAUCGUCGCCUGCUAUGCCACCAGCCCCCAGUGCCCGCACCGAGCUGUCGUCUUCAAGGUGAAGAAUGGCAAGGAGAUCUGCACCCCAGCGGACAGGAUGUGGGUGAAGAGGUACCAGCAGAGGUUCCAGGUCAGCUCCUACUCCAUCCCCAGCUAGAAGAGCCACGGGAGCAGCGCAGGGCCCUUGGAGGCAGCCUCAUCACAGAGAUGGGAACACCAGGAGCAGUGCGAGUCCUCCCCAUCCCAGCCCUGUGCUAUAUGGAUAAGCAGCACUCACCUCCAUGUUUUCUUUCCAUUCAUCCCACUGUGAGAUCCCGGAGCUCUCAGCAUCACUGUGUACAGAUAGUUCUGUAUCUCCUGCAUCUCUCGCUCUUCUCCACCCUGAGACCAUGGCUGGACUGGGUCUUAGGCAGGGGAUGACUGCUUUGCAUGUCAGCGUCACUGUGCUCCUCGGGCUUUUUGCAGUGCAGGGGUUAAUAGGGAGUAGCAUCACUAAUGUUUCUUGUACAGCACUGUGAGCAGAAUUAAACUCAACCUUGUGCAUGCAAACAUCUGGCUGUGCAAGUAUCUGGGGAGCAGAAGAAUUCCUGCUCUUGGCUUGCUUCGGGUGAGAAAUGUCAGCUGUGAGAGCUGAACUCAGUAAAGGGCUGGAAAGAGAUG